UCACUCCCCGCGUUUCCUUCAUUUCCCCAAAUUCACCAUUUCAAUUUUCACCAACCCUUAUUUUACCCCUGAAUUCACCUUGCAUACUUCAACCCUCAUUCUCCAUUGCCGCCGCGCUGCCGCGUCGCCGUUGCUCCGCUGCUUUCGUGUGAUUGUCGCUCCGUUGCUUCCAUCGCAUCGCUGCUUCCGUUGCAUCGCUGCUUCCGUUGCAUCGCUGCUACUGUCGCAGCGCUGCUGCCAUCGCUUCGUCUCUCUGCAUCGUUGUUGUUGCUGCUCAAUCAAAAUUAGUUACUCACUUACUCUCUCUCUCUUUUGUUCUUCAUUGAUUUUUCAUCAAUUUUUUGGAUAAAAAGUUUUCUCAGCAUUACUACAGAAUAGGUCUUCAAAGAUUGAUUUGGUACUAAUCAUUAAUCUAAUUUGGAUCCUGAAGCAACUUAAAAAGCACGGAAGAACCUAGUAUCUAAUUUCUCCAAUCUCUAAUUUCUCAGAUUCACUUCAAUUAUUCUGUAGCAUAAACUCAGGUUUUUUUUAUUCACUACUUUUUUCAAUGAUUCUGUUUGUAUUGAGCAACUUUAAUUUGUUUUCUUUUGUUUUAGAUUGAAUCUUAACUCUAUAAUUUGUUACUGAACUCUUUUCAAAGCCAACUUCAGUUUCAUUUGGAAAUCCCCUAUUUCAAGUGUAAACUAUGACCUAAUCGUAAUCUUCUAUUUUCUAAAUCCAGAAAUCCUGGUCAUAUUUUUUCUGGUCCUAUUUGUGACUCUCUGAAGUCAUGAACUCUACUGAGAGGAAAGAACUAUUCAGAAAGUUUUAAUUCAUGCAUAGAAUUAAUCAUGUUUGUGGUGGCUAAGUCAUCUGAAAUCUAAACCAAAUAUAGGUGUUGUUGCUUUUUGCAUUUUGUGUAGGACUCAGAUCUCUCUAUUUCAUUGCCUAUAUUCUGAACAGGUUGACUAGUUGUUUGCACUUAUUAGAUUUAUUGCAAGAUUUUACAAUGACUAAUUUGUUGCCAUAAACUAACGAUAGUUAAAUCUUGGUCAUCUUUUUUUGGGUUCUAUUUUAUUUUAAGAGCUAAUAUGUGUCUAAGUUCUGUGCUAGCAGAAAACAAGUUCACAGUGGGAAGUGGAGCCAAAACUUCAGGUGAUCUUCCUCAGUUUGAGUCCUGGAAGUCAUUCAAAUUGAUGGGUAGCAGUGCAUUUGUUGGGAAUUCUAAAAUUUGUGGAGCACCGCUUUGACCAUGUCCUGGUUCAGUUGGAAUAUUGGGGAGCAAAGGAACAUGGAGGCUUACCCGUAUUCUGCUACUCUGUUUAGGGUCGUUAGUAAUCCUUCUAGGAGUCACUUUUGGAAUACUUUAUUUAAGAAGAGGGAUCAAAAGUCGAUGGAAGAUGGUCUCAUUUGCUGAACACUUUAUGUCAUUUUGAAUGGGGUUCUCAGAGAACUUUUUGGGUGCUGUUAAGAGAAUCCAGUUUGCAACACGUUGUGGCGAAUGGGGCCUAUGGCACUGUCUAUAAGGGCACCUAUGAUGGCCAAGAUGUUGCAGGAAAUGGUUGCAUAUAUUGCUAAUACAUUAAUUUUCAUCUUGAGUGGAGUUGUUAUAGUUGAAGGAGUACUUGGUGAUGACAGUGUCUUCCAUCAUGGAACAUCAUGGACCCACCUCUUACUUCUCUAUGUUUAUGUUCAAGUGUCGAAAUGCAUCGUAGUUGGUGCAUUAUUUCCCUUGCUAAGGUAUUUUGGAUAUGGCUUGGACUGGAAAGAAGCUAGUAUUCUAAUCUGGUCAGGAUUGCGAGGGGCAGUUGCCUUGUCACUUUCAUUAUCUGUCAAGCGUUCGAGUGGCCGAUCACUUGAAUUGACUCCAGAGACAGGAACACUGUUUAUUUUUUUCACUGGUGGUAUUGUGUUUUUAACACUUAUAGUGAAUGGUUCGACAACACAGUUCGUUUUACACUACCUUGACAUGGACAAAUUAACAGCUGCAAAGAAACGUAUCCUUGAUUUCACAAAGUAUGAAAUGUUGAACAAAACACUAGAAGAUUUUGGUGAACUUGGAGAUGAUGAGGAACUUGGAGAAUUUUAACUGAUGCAAAGGACGAGAAUCUUGGAUGCUAUCAAGGCAAUAGUGGGAGCUGAAACUAAAGUUAUUUACGAGAAGGUCCCAUCGAAAGACACCAUAAACAGUAGUGAGUUCUCAUUUGCAAUUGUAGCUGUUGGUGAACCUCCUUAUG